AUGCGACCCCAAUCAGAUAAUAAGAUCUGGUACUUCGCCUACGGCUCCAACAUGAGCGCCUCGAAAUUCACCGGCUCCCGCGGAAUCGCACCCCUAAAAACCGCCCGAGCAAAAAUCCCCAACUGGACUCUAACUCUCGAAAUCCCAGGCACGCCUUACAAAGAACCUGCUUAUACGACCAUUCGUCCCAUCUCAGGGGUAGAGAUUAACCCCGUGGAAGUGGUGGGUUUGGCGUAUCUCAUUACUGCUGAGCAGUAUAUUCACCUCGUCGCUUCUGAGGGUGGGGGGAUCGCUUAUAAAGAUAUCGCGCUGAGGGCUGUUCCUGCUGUGGAAGAGGAUCGGGAAGUUACUGGUGAGGAAUUUGUCGUUAGGACUUUGGGGACUGUUAUGCAGAGGUCGCCGGCUGCUGCUGCUAGUCAGAGGUAUAUGGUUCGUUGUAUCACUUUUCGCAGGUUACAAGACUUUGGAGUUGUUUUGUUGAUGAGUUUACAGGAUUUGGUGCUCAAUGGAGCCGUGGACGCCAAGUUACCGGAGGAGUAUUGUCGAUUUCUGCAUCGGUUGCCGAUCUAUCGGACUUCUCGUGGUAUGAUGCGUCGACUUGGCGCUUUGUUGUUUUUGGCGUUUUGGACUCCUGUUAUGCUUCUUGUGGAGAAGAUGGCUUUGGGGAGUCUUGGGCCGGAUGGGAAUGUGCCUGCGGGAGUGGGACAGGUUGUUCGUUUGGUCGUUUAUGUCAUGUGGGCAUAUCAUGAUUGUGUGCAUGCUCCUUUCUGGGGUAGGGGAGAUGGGAUGGAUGGAGUUGGUGGUGGUGGUGAUGAUAUCAGCGAAAAGGCGGGUUUACUGGUAUAG